UGUGUUGGUGUUUAUAAAAAGUGCAACUCUAUCAUCGCGGUGUGGUCGAAAAAAGUUCAUUUUUGUGCUUUUCGCUAUUAAGAUCGUUAUUUUUUCACGCAAUUAAGCGUGUGUUGGUUUCAAUGGUGUCCUAAAGAAAGAACCUUAUCAAACGUACUGCUGUUGUUAGUGGAAAUAAAAACUUUCCAUUAGAAGAUGAGUUAAUUUUACUACGAGUUUGGGAAAGAAGAUGGAUUGAAUUUUCCAUAAUAGAUUUGUGCUAGUGUGUGCGUGAUAGCUCGCCUUGCAACAUCAGAAGAUUGUCGCAAAUCCUGGCAACACUGUAUGCGCAACUCCUUGAAUCAGAACGCGAGACAGAAAUUUUUUUUCGCCGUCAGACAAGAAACAACAAUGGAGGCCACAGUUUAAUAAUUCCAACUUCUGGUAAAAAAGUCCUAGUGUGUCGUGCGCUGUGUUCCUACUUGUCUCAACUCGAAGUGGACGUGUGGGCGAACGAAAUAACUAUCCAGAGGAGCAACGAUUUGUGUGUGAAGUAUGGACGUGGACGAAGAAUCUCCCAACACCAGGGAGGCGUCUUGCACCCCACCGCUGCCGAUGACAGAUCUUACCCCGAUUGAAAUUAUGAAGUUCGGUCCGGAUGGUGAUGAGUUGGUUUCAACUGAGAAAGCGGGGACGGAGGACGUGAUGGAAGAAACUGUUCCAGCAGAAAAUCAUCCAGUGGAGCUAGCAGACACCAAUGUCAAAUCGCAAGCUGAGCAGACUACGGAAAUUACUCAGGCGGUAGACAAACAUGGCGAUCAGGAAGUGAAUCAAGAUUGUGCUUCUAAAAUUGAUAAGCUAGACGAGCAGUCGAUUGAGGAAAAAUCGACGGCGGUGGCGCACGAGACGGACAAUACAAGGAAAGCAUGUGAACAAUCUUCACCCAAAACGCCGAACAUAUCGGUCCCGGAGAGAAUAGCAGCCUCCUCCCCUGGGAACGAAAAGAGAAUCGAUCCGAAGGAAGUCAUACCGUCUGACUCUAUCAAGGUAGGCAGCAGCAAAUCCAGCAAGGAUAAAGAUACAUCCAAAGGAAAGGAAAAGAUCCGGGAGAAGGACAAGAAGAGCAGAAUCAAGGAUCGACUAAAAGCGAAGAAAAGAUCAAAAGAAAAGGACAAAAAAAGCUCCAAGGAUGCCGAGAAACGGAAAGAAGCCACCAGCAGGAGAAGUGUUUCUCGCGAUGAACGCAAAAAACGCAGCGAUUCAAAACCACCCAGCGUUGUCCGAAGCAAGGUAGAAAUUCCUAAAGCUUAUAGUAUGGAUGUACGAAAAUCCGAGGAGAGAUUGAAAAGGAAAUCCAGAUCUAGGGAACGAGACAAGGAUAAGCGAAAGAGUGUGAGAUCACACUCUAGGGUAAAGGAUUCGGAACGAAAGAAAAGUAUACCUCCUAGCAAAUCGAACGAUCGGGGACGAUCCAAUACUGAUCCAAAGGAUAAAUCGGGCGACAAACGUUCGAAGGAACGAUCUACCAGUAAAAAUCAGGAAUCCGACAAACGUUCCGGAGGAUUUCGCAAAUUCCGCAGCGUCACUCCUUUCAAUCCGCCAACGUUAAAACACCAGGAUCGUUCACCAGUGCUUUUCUCUACCCCAAAGUAUACCGUGUGCACUCCCGUCAUAAGCUGGCGAGAGCGAGUUGUGCAAAAAACGCCAAACUCCGUGGUAUCCAAAAAUGCCCUUGUGACACCGGCUAUUGCCGCUCUCCAAGCUUACGAUGACGAUGCAGACUCAAGCGAUGAUGAUCGGUCCGCUCCUCCGAAGCAAAGCAAAGCCGUUGGAGAGAAACCCAAAAAGAAUCACGAGUCGACAAAGAAAAAAAUUAAGUCGAAAAAUAAAUCUUCGAAAAAAUCGAAGGAAAAGUCAAGCCAGAACAAGAAGUUGAAAGAGAAGCGCAGUAAAGAGAAAAAACGGAAGAAGGUAACACCAGACAAAGCUGAAAAGGAUGAAAAGGUGGAAAAAACACCCGAGCUGUCCAAGGAACAAAGCUCCGAUACCGAAGAAGAAGAGGCUCCCACAAUGGAAGACGAGGAAAUGGAGGAAGUGUUCUGUAGGCGUAUUAAGCUGGAGAAAAUGGACGACAGCGAUCAGUUACAGUUUCAGCAGAUUCAAAUCGAUUACAGCAUCGUUAAACAGGAACCUCAAACUGACGAAGAACAGGAGAAGGAAGCUCCUAGUUUGUCAGUGACCGAGCCCGAAACAGCGAUUCCUCUGCCCCGGGAAGAUACUCCGUUAGUAGAGAAGAAAAGUCCAAAGCGAAACGAGGCAGCACCCGUAUUGAAGCCCAAGUUCAGUUGUUCCUUCCUAGAUGAUCUGAGUAAGACGAGUUUGACCGAAUCAGUAACCGAUACCGGGAAACUGGAAUUGGAGGACCACAAUCGGACGGAGACGGAUUCGCCAGACACGGACGAUUAUGCUUCCAACUGGGAAACCGACGAGUUUAGUCCAAUCAAUACGGACAGUAAGACAAAGGUAGAGGCAGCGCAGAAGGAUGGUGAAAAAACUGAGGGAGAUAGGCGAUUGAGGCUGGUUCCUAAGAGCAGUCAUGAGGAGAUCAUCCCGCUCGAUGAUUUGCUGAAUAUCCAGAGCCAAAUCAAAUCGAUGAAAAUGAAGUAUGACCAAGCGAAGCAACAUGAAAGCACAUCCCAGCCGGAAAAGAAGGAAAGUAAGUCUCCUACUGGUGCCACCACGAACAACUUCCCGGAUAAACUUGCGGACGAAUAUGAAACCUUCAUGCAGUCGCUUAGCAAACAGAAUAUACUGAAUGAAGAGUCAAAGGAAAGUUUAGGAGAAGAACGUUCGAAGAAAGAGAAGCAUAAGCGACGGUCAAAUAAAAGGAGAGCCUCCAGCAGCACCACCACUAGCUCAAGUACGUCAUCUGGUAGUUCUAGUUCCGAUUCGAGCUCAUCGAGCUCUUCGUCCAGUUCUAGUUCGAGUUCAUCUGAUUCGGACACGUCCGAUAGUUCCGAUGACGAGAGAAAGAAGAUGAAAACAAUGCUCGCCAAACGGAAGAAGAACCUUAUGGCGAAACCAAUUAUCCCAGUCGAGGACAUAGAGAAGCUGGCCAGUGAGUUAAUGCAGUCGGAUGAUAUGUUCAUCGAUCCCGAGCCCACUGAGCAUGCACCGGAAGUAACGCCUCCCAAAACACCAACACUUGUCAUUCCCGAGCAUCUGCUGCCGAAGAUUAAAUCUAACAUUUCCCUGACAACACCUUCCAAGAUCUAUAGCAUAAGAGAUGACUCUCAGGUUGAAUCGGUCAGUAGUCAUGAGUCGGUAACGAACGUUGCCAAGCCGCUCAGUUUGUCUAGGGACUCACCUUUUAAGCUGAAGCUUCAGGCGAAGAACAAAGUAUUGUCAGCCGUGACCACUUCAGUGUUGCUUGGUCCGGAGGACGACGAAGAGGAUCAAAACAAAAAGAAACUCGAAGGAACGACUACCAGGACUGAGGAGGGAGUGAAUUCUUUCGAUGUCCCUUCUCAACAGCCUGAUAAACGUGAGUCUAGAUCAUCUAACGAACGCAAAUCAAAAGAACGCAGUCCGAAGCGACAUCGUGAAAAAGCCGAGAAACGUCGCUCGAAAGAGAGACGUAGUGACAGCAAGUCGAAAGAUUCCAGUCCUUCGAAGAAACGUAUGUCGUCGGAUAGGGAUCGGGAACGGCGUUCGGAGCGACCACAUCGUUCACGAAGUCCACUCGCGUCGCGUAGGAUAAGAAGUCCUCCCCCGCCUUCGUCAUCGCGAAGAAGACGCACGAGAUCCAGAUCACGAAGCGCAAGUCCAGCUGUCCACCAGAGGAGACCACCAAGUCCGCCAGUUCGCGAUCGAAGCCCAAGAGAUCGUAGAUAUUCAACCGAGCGGGAACGCAAACGAUCAAGAUCUCCUUACUAUCAGCGACCUCCAUCACCCACUGAUAAACCCCCGGCCGAAAAUCAGAUAGACGUCGUAACAAGCUCCGGUUCCGGAAACUCGGGUGCAUUUGCCUCGACCAAUGAUCAGUCUCCUGUAACGGGUUACAAGAAGAGUUUGGCUGAUUCGACGAUAAGCGAUGCAGAGCUGGAAAUUCAAAAGCGAAAGCCGACCGGUUUCAGUGAAAGUUCCGCAUACAACAAUGUGUACUCAAAAACAUACGGUUUCUAUGGUCCAGAAGACAUGGUUCUUGAAGGUCCGGAGGGGGCGGAUUCCCCGAAACGACCUUCACUAGACGAUCGCAUUAAUAUCGUCCUCGGAAUGAACGGUGAAGCUCCAAAACGACCUGAAAUUGCAUCUGCACCGCCUCCCACGGAGCACUAUCCGGAAUACCAACCAAUUCAAACCCAUAUCCAUCAUGAAAUGCAGCAACAAUAUCCAACGCCACACUUUCCGGGGCCCGUGAAUGGUCCACGACCAAUAAUGCAUCCGUCCCAUCCACAUAUGCACGCGUAUCACCAAAACUACCCGCCGGAUUACCAUGCAAGACCCCCCGGACCACCUCCGUAUGGAUAUGGAACUGCCCCACGUCCACCAUUUUACCCUGGUCCUCGAGGUCCACCCCAAGCUGGUGGUUGGCAGCGCCCUCCUCAUGGUUCGGCUAUGCAGCCCAUUCCGCCGCAUCUUAGUGGAGGAACCUAUCCGAACAAUAUGUACCACCAAAGUACGAACAUGCAAACACCACCUCCACCACUGCCGGGCGAUCAGCAGAAAACAUUCGUCAAACAAGUGGGUAACGUGCUGGAAAUUGUUCCAUCUGCGGUUCCACCACCAGCGCCACCAUCCCUCAACGCUCAACUACAGCAGCAACCAAUAAAACCAACUCCAGUCGACGCCCCAGUAUCGCAAGGUUCCUUCCCAGCAGUCACGCCAGGCAGUGCUCUGGCCAUCCCCCCGACGUCCUCCAUUCUGGUUACCCCUAAAAUCCUCACCGCAGAGGAGCUCAAACGGAGACACGAGCGACGGCUGGAGCUGAAGAAAAAAAUUCGAGCGGAACGUGAGAAGAAGCGGCUGGAGAAAAAGAUGCGCAAAGAGAAGCUCAAAAUGGAGGUCAAACGGUUGCUGGCGGAAACCGCCACCGUAGCGAACAGUUCCUCCGAAGAGGAUGAGUUCGAUGCCGCGAAACACCGAGAGGUUAUUGCUUCGCUCAACAAGAGCUACGAGAAGAGUAUUCUCCGCACAAAGACCGGCGCAUGUGUGGCUCGGAAAUCAGUAAUAUUCGCGGACGGCGUUGCUCCAGGAGACGAAUCAUCUUCGUCGGGAGCGGAAGCUCUGCGGUCUCCAGCUAAAAUCACAGCCUCUAAAAUGCGCAAGAAACUUCGCCGGAAACGAACGCUCAAGGCAACCGGGAAGAAACGUUUGCUCGAUAGGUUGAAGCUGCCGGAUAUCGAUCUGGAGGAUAAGGAACGUGUCGAUCCAGAGUUGGAUGCUAUGCCACCACCAUCGCCUCCACCGGGAUCUCCUCCGCCAGAACUAAUGCAGCCACGCUGCAUCAACCCUCCCCCCGUCCAGAUGAUUGACUUUCGUGAUGCCCCACCCAUGCUGCCCUUUCGUUCUUCUAGUAGCGCUUCUACACCUUCGAACACGCCUUCUUCUUCUGGCUCUAACAUGCCGUCUGCUGCGUAUUCUCCUGCAACACCAACAUCCUCGAACGGUGGCAAUAAUUCUGCUCCUAAUUCGAAUCACAAUAUAAGCGGCAUGAGUGUACCGCAGCCACCGUCGAAUUCCUCCGGAGGUUCGAUGAAUUCUGGCCCCAGUAUGUACCGGUCGGGUCCUCCAAAUAUGCCCCCGCAUAUGCGAGGACACCCUCACAACCACCACUAUCACCAUCCACACAAUCAACACCAUCAGCAUCAGCAUUCAUCGUCACCACUGCCACCACCGCUACCACCUCCCAUGGCCGGCAUGUCUUCCGGAGGAAUGAUCAAAAAGUCACGUCGCGAUGGUUUUCGCGGUGUUCCACCGCCUCCAGCGGAUUCAAUCCAUUCCAUCGAGACGAUCGGAUCCACUGGCACUGCUAUGCGCCACUCGACAUACGACGGAUCCCACUGAAUGGCGCAAAUGUCGUUCCGUACAGGAGAUAAAUAGCUCGCUUUCGUUUCAUUUGAAUCACACAUACACACACAGCGUAGCAUCAAUGGGAUGCUAAGUUAUCGCGGAAUAGAAUUUACCGAUAGACGGUAAUAGUGUCGUAUGUGCAGCCUAGAUGAGUUUGUUGAGGCCAAUCCAAAUAAAAUAGCAACAUAAUUAUUUUAAACUGUAAAUUAUGAAAUUCACAAUUUAUAAGAAGGCAAAGGAUUAAUAUGAACGCGAAGAGACAGAAACAAGAAAAGCUAGCUAUAAUUAGAUGUAAUUAACAGAUCGUGUUAAGUAUGCUUAAAUUAAUAACAUAAAAUCAUAUGCAAUUAAUCCAAUAGAACAUGUUAUAUUCUGUAGGACUGAAUGAAGGAGAAUUUAUUUUGUGAGAAAUAUUCCUCUCUUUAGCUACUUUAGCUGGUGAAUGAAUUGUAGCAUACGCCGACAAAAACGCUUUUUGGUGUCGGAUUUCCCGACAGAAAAACAAAAUAGCGUGAAUUAAUGUCAAUAGGCCACUAAUGUCCGCUGUCACGAAUAAGCUUGAUUUGAUGUAUUUAUCCUAAUUAAACGGUGGAUCCGCAACACUGAGCAA